AUCGAUGACACACCAGACGUCGGCAGUUUGUUGACUUGCAUUCCCUUGUCUGGUGAGCUGCGACCGGAAAAGAAAAAGGGAAAACCCCCCGGAGCACGAUAUAAAUAAACAUUCGUACCGGCUGGUACGCAUGCAUCGUGUCCUGGACGACCCAAUAAAAGUCCCUCCGGGAAGAGAGCACAACACAGCGCAGCGCACGACAAAUCACGGCGAUGCUGCACACGAGUCUUUGUGGUCUCACACGUGUUUCGGUAGCUAGACAUCUGUGCCUGUUGGGGUACGCACGGCCUGCGUGAGGUAUGCGCGCCUGCGCCGACAACUCACGCAUUCCCUCUCUUCGGCUUCUCUCGCUGUUCUAUUUUCGUCCCGCCGUACCACGGACCGGCACCAACGCGAAGAUACCGCAGGAGGUCCUGAUGGUCGAAGCCGACGACGAGCACGGUUAAGCCCGCCAGUUGCUGUGCAGACGACACCGGGUACGGUUCUGGGGGUUUUUUGUCCGCACUAUGCCUCCGACAGUGAUACGAAUGCCGGCCAACGCUGGCGGGCGCGGACAUCUGAACGAACAGCGUAGCCGUGGCUUCCGGUUAGGAUGCUGUCGGGUGUGUACGUGUCUCAAUAUCGAUUUCAUUGUGUCCAAAAACGGUAUCCUGAAGUGUUUCGAGCUCGUGCUGGGAUGGUUCUGCCAGACGAUGCUGGUCCAGUUCGGUAUGGAUUCGGCGAAAGAUAUUGGGGAAGCUUUUUGGGGGUUCCUGACGACGAGUUCAGCUUUCCUGCUUACCACCACGAUACUGCUACUCUGCUACACCAUCUCCGACCGGACGUUUCAUCUCGUGCGCCAAUCAAUCUUUGAAGUCGUGUAUAACGGGCUAGCGUGUGUGAUGUACUUCAGUGCCGCAUCCUAUCUCGGCUUUGCCGUCAACGUGUUUCUCUACCCAAAGUUCCUGCUGUUCAAAACGACCGGCGGCAUCCACAGUGCCUAUCCAGCGAUGACAGCCGUAUACUACAUGGGAGGUAUCGUGGGACUGGUGUACGGAGUUGACGCGUUCGUUGCGUACCGUCACCUGAAAGGAUUUUCCUAAUCCGGAACACUCCAGCAUCCCGCAUAGGGAGAGAUGCUGAGCGCGUGCUCUUUCCAACGCAUCAAAUUGCAGCCCGUCAGGCGCAACACGUAUUACGAGCGCUUACUUGCUUCCUUUUUUCUUGCAUUUCACAUUGCCCGAGCGCAUUAGACUGAGCGGUAUUAUUAUUAUUCUGCCAAACGAAUGCCAAGCAGCAGCGACACCCCUGUUAGAGCUAUAAGUUAAAGUAUUUUAUAUGAAUAAACACAAAUUAUCGAUUCACAA